AUGCUCGACUCUGAAUCCCAUUCUCGCUGGAUUUGCAUUAAACACCGUCCAACUACUAGUACGUUAAUCACGAUUCCAACCACCCGUCUAUCCUAUGACUUCCCAACAUUCUUCCUAAGCAACACCCGUUCAACGGCUAAUAAACUGGAUGAGAUCAGUGUAACUAUUACUAAUAAUAAAUAUGAUAUUGCAAUCAUCACAGGAUCAUGGCUUUCGUCAAACAUUACGAAUGAUCUCAUUAACAUCCCCGCAUUUUUAAUUAUUCGCAAAGACCGAUGCGACGACCAACGUGUUGGAGGACUAUGCACUUAUAUCAGAAAUACAUUAGACUUCCUGGAAUUAAAAGAUUUAUCUCACCCCGACAUUGAAUCACAGUGGUUUUUGAUAAAACCCAAAAGACUUCCAAGAGGAAUUGAUGCAAUUGUAAUAGCCUCUGUAUACCACCCUCCACAAAAUAACAACCGUACACUAAGGAACCAUCUAUUUGAAUCCCUGGACAACGCUCUCGCCAAUUUUCUAAACGCAGGCAUCGUCUUGUUAGGGGGACUUUAA